UCUAUAAAUAUGUAUGUAGGGUUGUCGGACUCGAAUCUGACAUCGGAAUUUGUGUUCCUGACUCCCCUUCCUCGAGGUCCAGUGAUACUGUUUUUGAAAAUGUGUUCAUACUCCCACUCACAGCGAAUGAUGUUGCAAGAAGGAUCAGAAAGCUAUGGUUACUGGAAAGAACCACCAGUUCCUAUUUACAUUCGCUUCUAUUUCUUUAACCUUACCAAUCCUGAAGGGGUGUGGAGUCUCAAAGAAAAACCAGACUUUAAAGAAAUGGGUCCAUAUACGUUCAGGGAGCAUCGUUUAAAAGUAAACAUCACUUGGAACAAGAACGGGACAGUCUCCUAUCAGCAAAUCAAGAGCUGGUAUUUUGAAUCAGAUCUUACAGACGGUUCUUUAGAAGAUAUUGUCACAACCCUCAACGUUCCUGCUGUUGUAAGUAUUGUAUCUACCGUCACCCUUCAU